AUGCCUGAGCCAGCGAAGACCGCGCCCAAGAAGGGAUCCAAGAAGGCCGUCAUCAAGACCGCCGGGAAGGCAGGAAAGAAGCGCAGAAAGUCUAGGAAGGAGAGUUACGCUAUCUAUGUCUACAAAGUCUUGAAACAGGUUCAUCCCGACACCGGUAUUUCCUCAAAGGCGAUGGGCAUCAUGAACUCUUUCGUCAACGACAUCUUUGAGCGCAUCGGCGGUGAGGCAUCUCGUCUCGCUCACUACAACAAGCGCUCCACCAUCACCUCCAGAGAGAUCCAGACCGCCGUCCGUCUGUUGUUGCCCGGUGAGCUGGCCAAACACGCCGUGUCUGAGGGAACAAAGGCCGUGACCAAGUACACAAGCUCCAAAUAAACUCUCUUUGAGUUUAAUACCACAAAGGCUCUUUUAAGAGCCACCCACACUAUCAGAUAAAGAGCAUCCGAGUUUGUUAGUACACUGGGCGUAAUCCGUGUUCGUAUUUCAAUGUUUUGGUUACAGAGGAACCCUCUGAACAAUUAUCAGUGUCUGCAUGAGUCCACAAUAUAAGCAAAUUAACUAAAGUAAAGAUGAACAAGAACAGAAAUCAAAAAGUAAAACCAUCGUUUGUCUGUAGGGGGCAGUCUAGUUUAACUUGUUCUUUAAAGGCAACAAUUUUGUUUGCGUAUGCUUUUACGACUGAUCUCAUUAAGUAGCGUUUAUCUUUUAGUUGUCUGUCUUGUAAUUAAUUUUAAGUGUGGGUUUGGACUGAAUGUGGUAGUUGAAACACAUACACCUCUACAAGCUACCAAAGUUAUAUUGUGUUCACCAUAUUUGGAGCUGAAUGUGUAUUUAGGCUACAGAGAUAUGAAUAUUAACGUCAUAAUCAGUAUCUAAAAUAUCUAAAGAUUCUGUAUGUGUUUU